CACACCUGCACACCUGUCUGAGGUCAAGAUCUCAUCUCAACACACCUUACCUUGGAAGAAGUACCCACAUCUACAGGUUAACAUCACCAUGUUCCGCUGUGUAACAUCUGACCUGGCAGUGCUUACGUUGCCUGUGGUUGUGUUGGUGUUGCUAAUGCCCCUUAGCUGGAGUUUUCAAGCCCUGACUCCUGGCUGCCACCUCUACCCAUUUAACGUGACCAUACGAACAGACAAGAGAGGGACCUGUCGAGGAACUCAAGUGGUUUACGCAUGCGUGGGCUACUGUGAGUCCAGCGCUUUUCCCUCACGCUACUCUGUGCUGCUGGCCUCCAACUUCACCCGCAACAUAACGUCUGCUUCCCGCUGCUGCACCAUUAGCAAGGACGCCAAGAUCAAAGUUCGUCUGCAUUGUCCUGAAGGCCGUCAUCAUGAUGACAUCGAGAUCUUGACUGCACGUGCUUGUCGGUGCAACAUGUGCCACAAAUCCCGUUACUGAGAUCCUACAUAAAGAACGCUUCACUCAUGCUGUACUGGACAAACAAGACUGGUGUGUAAUUAUUAAAAUGUGCAUUUUUUUCUGAUUACCAUUUUUUUUACUUGUACAUUUACAUGAAAUGAUGCUACCAUUGAAAAGUUUGCCGUCAGUAAGAUUUAUUUUAAGAAAUGAAUCCUUGUAUUCAGCAACGAUGCAUUAAAUUCAUUAAAACUGACUGUAAAAUAUUUAGCAUUUUUACAAAAAAAAGUGUCACAAUUUACAUAAACAUAUCAGGCAGCACAACUGUUUUCAUAAUAUAAUACAAAAUAUUUCUGAGCACCAAAUCAGUAUAUUAUAAUGAUUUCUGAAGGAUCUGGUGACACUGAAGUCUGCUGAAAAUUCAGCUUUGUCGUCACAGAAAUAAAUUACAUUUUUAAAAUAUACUUAAAAAAUAUAUUUUUAAAAUGGUAAUAUUUCACAAUAUUCAAUACCAUAAUUACUGCUGCCCUUGUGAGCUUAAAAGAUUUUCUUUUAAUGAAUCUUACCAUCCUCAAACUUUUGAAUAGUAUAAUAAAAUAUCAUCUACUUUUCUUUUUAUCUUGUAUCUAAAGUUCUAAGAUGACACAGUUUCAAACAGCAUGAGUGAAAUAUCUUCAAAGCAAAAAGCAAAUGACUACAUAAAACAUUUUAAUAUAAAACAACAGCAAAUAGCAUCAGAUACUCUCUAAUAGUUCAAAUAACAAAAUCACUUUUCUAAUGUCGGUGCCACCUAAUGACAUAAAGAAUGUAUCUUACGUACUAUAUAUUUAUAAGGUGAUGUUUGCACAAAAUGUGUCUAAUCUUUUAAAAUAAAGGAGUACAUGAUGGUUUCUGUGUAUGUUUUGUUGUUAAAUCAAGUAUAUGAUGUCUAAUGCAUAACAAUAAUCAUCUUUUACGGCAUAAUAAGCAAAGAACCCAAUGUGUUUGAAUUAGUUGUGUUCG